GGAUGUCGCGUCUCAAUGAUCAACCUGAUUGGCUUACAUGAAACUGCACUUGAUCUGGAUGCUCUCACUGAUAAACUAGUGAAUGAAAAUGACAUAAUUGCCUUCAUCUUUGUUGUGCGACUGGGCCAGUUAACAGAUGCUGAUAAGAUGGGUCUUGAGUGGCUUCAGAGAGUGUUUGGUGAUGAAGUUCUUCAGUUUGUGAUGAUUCUCUUCACCUAUGAGAGCGAGGAAGAAUCUGACUCUAUAAUAGAUGAUCUGAAGAAAAACUCUGCUCUAGAGCGGCUGAUUGAGAAAUGUGGCGGAAGAUAUCACACCUGCAGCAAGAACAUGAGCAACCAGUCAGAGAUGACAGACCUGAUGAACAGGAUUGAGCAUCUGUUUACUGAUAAUAAACAGCAGUGCUACACUAGUGAGAUGUACAACACAGCAUUGAGACAGAGAGAAGAUGUGCAAAACAGGACAUCUAAAAGUGAGAAGUGUUCAUUCGAUGGGGCACGAUUAGAUCAUAACAGAAACGGAAGGAGGAAAGAAGUAGAGCAUCUAUUUCACAGACUUCAUCUUGAUAACAUACACCCCUCUAAACUAAGAGCUGCAGAUGUUCUUCAACUAACAACACAUUCAUUACAGUCCCAUGAGUCUUGUGCUGAUGAGGACCUCAUACAGACUUUCCUACAAAAAAUACUGAUGAUGAACUACAGAGCAAGGUACAUUAAAACAAUACAUGCACAGCAUGACAGACAUCAAAGAAACAAUGACUUUUUAGAAUAUGAGAGUGAUGCUGAUAUUUUCCAAGAUGCAUCUUUAAUUCUUGAAGAAGCAAAAAGGAGAGAUGCUAUUCACCCGAUGGAUGUUCAGAUGGCUGUGUUUCAUUGUGCUGAUAGUUUCCUAAAGCAGCUGAUGGUGACUAAACUGUCUCAGUGUCAGUACGCUCUGCCUCUGCUUGUUCCUGAUCCAUUCACACAAGAGAUUGAGUUUCCUCUCUGGACAUUCAGACAAAUCAACAAGAGCUGGAAGAUGAAAGAGCCCAACAAUGAAAUCAUCAGUAUAAUCCAGCCUGUCUGGAAGGCAGAAACACCUAUGGUGUUUUUCUUUAGGUUUGGCUCGGUGUCCUCAUCCAAAUCUCAGCUGAUGAACAAUCUAAUAGAUGACAAACACAACACGUUCUUCCACAGGCAUUGCCCAGGCAGCAGCAAAACCAGACUACUGAUGGAUGGAGUGGUGGAGAUCGCCUGGUAUUGCCCCUCUAGGAAAGACAGAGAUAAAUUUACUCAGUGUAUUGCUUUCUGUAACCUUCAUGGUGAUGCAGAAAACAGUGCGAAACAGCUGCAGAUCCUCACUGAAAUGGCAUCAGUCAAUGUUGUUGUUCUACCACAACUUGAUCAGAAUGACAAGAACGCAAAAAAAAUUCAAAACCUGUACAGGGGCAGAAAGCCACUUAUAUGUCUUCUUACUGAGAAUGAAUCUAGUGUAACUGAAAUGAGAAAAGGAAAAUACAAAAUUGGAUUAAAAGAGAGAAAUCAGUCAGAUGUAUCUGAAGAACUCGAACAGGUUAUAAAUGGAUGUCUCUUGUUCUCAUCGCCAGAAUCAAAUUCUGUUUUCAGUCUAGAAGAUGUGUCCAAACACACAGGUAUCAGAGUAGAUGAGAAACAUGAUCAUGACUGCAGAAGAGGAAAAGAAUCAGCCCAGAAGAUAAUGAGUUUAGUGAAGGAUAAAGAUCUGACAGAAAUCAAAGAAUCAUUUCUGCCCUGUCAGGGGAAACUGUGGCAUCAGUGGUGUGAAAAGAACAAAGAAUUACAUAGAUCUCAAGGAAAUGAAACAGACAUGGAAAUAAAACAGAAACAAAACAUGAAGAAAAUCCGUGAAGAGCAGCAUGUGUUGGACAUUGGUGACUUCAUGAAGUUGUUUAUUACAGAAAUAAAUUCACAAUCUCCAAAUGAGAAGAUAUUUUUUCUUAAAUGGCUCGCAAUCCUCCUGGAUGAAUACACCUCAGCUGACCUUUCUGCUCUACAUUACAAGUACAAUGAAAAAUGGUCAAAAGUCAGAGCUGUGCAACAGACGACCAAUGAACAUGCAGAACUUGAAAGGAUAUCAAGAGAACUUCAAGCAGCAACCUUUGGCUUGGAGCACAUCCUGAGGGAGAUCGGUCAGAUCUAUGAAUCGUGUAAAUCAGUGAAUAAGAACAAAGAAGGUCUGCCAUGUAAUUUUUCUUCUCUCCCGAGUCUUGCAGCAGAGAUGAUGAUCUCUGGAUUUCCACUGGAGCUGAUGGAUGGAGAUGCUGCUCAUGUUCCUGUGGUCUGGGUUACUGCUGUUCUACAUGAACUCAUCCAGAAACUGGGAGACAAGAGAGUGUUUGUGUUGUCAGUUUUAGGGAUCCAGAGCUCUGGGAAAUCCACUAUGCUGAACGCCAUGUUUGGACUCCAGUUUGCCGUCAGUGCUGGCAGAUGCACCAGAGGAGCUUUCAUGCAGCUGGUCAGAGUCUCAGAGGAGAUGAAGAUAAAAGAACAGCUGAAGUUUGACUAUAUUCUGGUUGUUGAUACUGAGGGGCUUCGUGCUCUAGAACUGUCUGAAAGGUUAACAAGACAUCAGGACAAUGAAAUGGCCACAUUUGUUGUUGGUCUUGGUAAUUUAACAUUAAUCAACAUUCUUGGAGAAAGCCCAUCAGAGCUGCAGGAAAUUCUUCAGAUCGUUGUUCAGGCCUUCAUGAGGAUGAAGAAGGUCAGACUGAAUCCCAGCUGCAUGUUUGUUCAUCAGAACGUUUCAGAAGUCACAGCCGGAGAGAAAAACAUGGAGGGAAGGAGACGACUGCAGGAGACACUGGAUGAAAUGACAAAACUUGCUGCUAAAGAUGAAGUCUUUGAUGCUGAAUGUUUCAAUGAUGUCAUUACUUUUGAUAUACAGAAAGAUGUGAAAUAUUUUGCACAGCUGUGGGAGGGCAGCCCACCAAUGGCACCACCAAACCCAUCAUACUGUGAAAACAUCCAAGAGCUAAAGAAAACUUUUUUUAGCCAUGCCUCAAAUUCAGAUGGCUUAGAGCUGACACACCUAAAAGGCCGUAUUAAUGAUCUCUGGGAGGCUUUACUGAAUGAACGAUUUGUGUUCAGCUUCAGAAAUUCUCUGGAAAUUGCGACAUAUCGAAAACUGGAGACAGAAUACAGCAAGUGGUCCUGGAGUCUCCGCAGAACCAUGCUGGAUAUAGAGAAUAAACUUUACAACAGCAUAGAAAAUGAAAGAAUUCAUGAGGUUUCAGAAAGUGAUCUUCAAGAAAAACUAGGAGUGAAAAGUGAAGAAGUAGAAGAAUCAAUGUCAGAAUUUUUUGAGAAAGACAAAGAUAAAGAUAUACUGAUACAGUGGAAAGCAUCAUUUUGUAUAAAAAUCAGUGGUCUUCAGGAAAACAUUGUGAGAGAAACAACUAGGAAAUUAAAUGAGAUUUUACAGCAGCGAGAUAUGAAGAAAAGGAUUGAUGCUCAGAAGACACGUUAUGAAAAUACUCUCUUGGAAAAGAGCAAAGAACUUGCAGUAAAACUCAAAGACAAAGCAAAUGAUGAAGCAAUCCUGAAAAAAGAGUUUGAUUCCUUUUGGAAAGAGUGUGUUAAUAAGAUUACCAGAGAAACUCCUCAAAUCAAAAACAUUGAUGUAUUAAAUGACAUGAAACAACUUCUUUGUCAUUAUGAAAGUGUCAGUCUAAAUGACUUGAAAAAGAGCAAGGAUAUGUUUUCUUUGCCACGGUAUUCAGAUUAUGUACAGAUAAAGAAACCCAGAGGAAUUUCAGAACAUGCUAAAAAUGCCUUCAGAUCAGCUAAACAGACAUUUAGUUACAUUGAGGCUGAAACCCAAAUUAAAGCCUUAGUCAAUGACAUUGCUCAACAUGCAGACAAAAUGAUCAUGUCGUAUAACAUUGCAAAGAUGGGCUACAACAAAACCUACAUUCAGGAACUCGCAGAUUAUAUCAAAGACAGAGUAGUAAAUUAUGAGCAAGGUUCCAGGAACUAUGUGUUUAAGAAGCAAUUUUACAUGGAUUUGGUCAUUUCCAUCUGUAAGAGAGAAAACAAGGUAAUUACUGACCAACACAGAAGAUUCAGGGAAGCCAAUGAUCCUGUUUUCUAUUUUGAACAGAAGAGCGAAGAGUACUAUAGUAUUUUUCAGAAAUACUGUCAAGGUGCAACAUCAGCUGCCAUUUUUGGUGAGAUCAUCUGUCAGAAACUGAAAGAGCCCAUUCAAAAGAGUGUCUACAAAGAUACUGCCAGAGAUUUGACUAAUGAAAUUCAAACAAAGUGUGACUCACUAAAUGGAAACAGAUCUAAACUAGAGAAACACAUCCUCAAGAGUCUGGCAGAACAGGAAGAUUUUUACAAGUACAUUACAUACUUUAACAGUCCCAGAGACCACUUAAAGAGUUUUGUCAGAGAUGAAGUCAGUCAGUUCAUCACUGAUACGUUUGAAGUGAGUGUUUGCCCCAAGAUGAAGGAGAACAUUGAACUCCUGCAGCAAAAGAUCAUGGAAGCAGCUCAAAGAGCGACUACACUCGUCAACACGACCAGCGGAGAUGUUCAGAAGUGGCUGGAUAAUUUCACACUGCAGCUCUCAGAUGUGCUGAUAUUCUCUGUAAAGGACCUCAGUGGAGUGAGUCAUGAAGGUGUGGAUGAUUUCAACCUUCUAGAAGAUGUGAUAAGCAAAUUACUUGGUUUAGUAUCAUCUGAAAUACAACAUAAAUUCAGUACAGAGACAUUUCCAGUAAAUCUGGAAGAGAAGGACAGACCAGAUGAGAUUCUGAUUGAUCAUCUCUGUCAGUGCUGCUGGGUUCAGUGUCCGUUCUGUGCAGCCACCUGCACCAACACUGUAGAAAACCAUUCUGGAGAUCACAGUGUUCCUUUCCAUCGAGUGGAUGGACUCACUGGAAGCUGUUAUGAUGAAACAGAGUGUCUCGGUGCAGAUUUUUGCACAAAUUUAGUAAGAACUAGUAAAAUGUUCUAUACUGGCCAGUGGUUUCUGUGCAGAAAGUACAGAAAUGCAGGAAAUGUUUAUGCAGAGUGGAACAUCACUCCUGACUUCUCAGAGCUGCCGUACUGGAAGUGGUUUGUGUUCAGAUUUCAGGAAGAUCUGGAAAAACACUUUGAGAAAAAAUUCCACAUGUGGGAUGAGAUUUCAUAUGAAUGGAGCCAAUACACAAAAGAGCAAGCUAUCGGGAGUUUGGAUGAAUACAUCUAA